UGUUGACAGGCCAAAGCAAAAGUAAAGGAAAGAGAGAUUUAUUUUUAAGCGUAGCCAUAUUUGUUUGUCUCUACUAUUUCAAGAUUCUCAAGUUGCUUUGUAUGCUAAUCAGAUAUAUAUUUGUCUAAAAUGAACAUUAAUAUGGUUCCAGCUUCAGAUGAGGAUGAUGAUAUAGAAAGUCUUAGGAGAGCAGCUUUGCACUCAUUAAAGAAAAAGCAUACAUUUUCAGGCACACAACAUGGAUUUUAUUACCCGAAUUUUCGAGGUGGAAGAAGGGGAUCAAAAAGUGGCAAUUUUAAUGGGGUUAGAAAUACUAAUUUGAUAUCCCUGACUCACAUUCAACCUGUCUCAGAGGCAAACAAUGAAUCUCCUACUAAAGAAGUAACUGUUGAAGAUGGUUCCAGUAAAUUUAAUAGGUAUAAUAAAUCUGAUAGAUCAGGCAGUGAAUCUGAAGACGACCCCCUAGUUGGAAUUAAUUCAGCAGCCAAUGAGAAAAAAUCUGAGAGUUUAGAUGAACUCAUGCAAGAGUUAGAUAGUCAAAUUGUUGGUGAACCUAAUGUAACCAGAGAUCUUAUCAGGAUUAGAUCAGAUCAGGAUCUCUUAGAAAAGACAAACAAAGAGGGAGACCAACCAGAACAAUCUCAGCCCCAAGCAAUUACAGUUGUAAAUAUGAACAAAACUAACCCUAUUAUUAUUAGCCCAGGUCUAGAAAUACCAGGGUUAGGACAACAUUUUUCAAACCCUGCACCACCUGGAACUAUGAGAAAACGUCCUAGGUCAAGAUCGCCGUUUAGAGGAAAUCGUUUCCGUAAAAGACAACCCAAAUUUUUUCCAUCACCUAUGGUACCGCCUCAGCCUAUGAUGCCUUUUAUACCCCCAGAACAUUUUCAGCAACCAUUAUUACCGUUUAUUCCACCCGUACCAGAACCAAUAUUUAUACCUCAAGGAUUUAACAUGAUCCCACAACCUGCUCCUCAUCCUUAUUUUGAGAGACCAUUAUCACCUCUAGCCAUUAACACGGAAUCUCUGACUACAGCCACAAUGGCGCCUUUAUCUCCUAGAAGUGCGGCUUUCGUUAUGAAGAAUAAAGCGAUAGUUGAAAAAAGGCGACGAUCUCCUAGAAGGUCAUUUUCUAGAAGCCCUUCUCGCAGUUUAUCUCGUAGCCCAAGAAGAUCAUUGUCACCAAGAAGACGAUCAGUGACACCUCCUCUUAGACGAUUUAGAAGAUCUAUCUCUCCAAGACGAUUUUCAAGAUCGCCGCCAAGAAGAUUUUCACCUCAAAGGAAAAGAUCUCUGUCACCAGCUAAACGACGAUCUAAUUCUCCAAAAAGAAAAGCCACAGAGAAUCCUCCACCACAAAAUAAACCACCUGUACACAAUAGACUGGGUAAUAAAUCUGACAAGCCAGAAGAAAAGAAGGAAAUAUCAAGUGAAAAAGAAGCACCUGCAGAAAUUAAAGAAGAAGAAAUUUUGGAUCCUGUACUUGCAGCGAGAAAGAAGAAGUUUGAAACUAACGAGAUUAAGAAGAAAGAAGGAAUUAUUAGGUUAAAACCAAAGGAGGACAAACCGAAAGAUGAGGAAGACUAUUUACUAGAAGAAAGUGAUGAAGAAAUUAAAGAUCCAAAAGAAGAUAAUCUAGAAAUAAAUUUACAAAAAGAAGAUAAGCUGGACAAUAUUUCAAAAGAGCGAAAGCCAGAAGUAGCAAAAAAGCUAAAAGAAGACAAGCCGGGGGUAAUAAAAAAACCAGAAAUAAAGAAAACAAUAACACCUACAACUAGUAGUGUACAAAAAAAACCAACUACAAGUAAUAGUAAAACAACAAACACUACACCAACAACAAAACCAACUACUACUUCUACUACUUCAAAGUCAGCCCAAACAGAGUCUACUGUUUCUAAACCUAAUAAAACAGAAGUUAAAAAAACAGAAGAAAAACCUAAAGAUCCUGUAGUGUCGCCAAAGAAAAUUAUAGAAGAUGAUCCUGAUGAAUUUAAAGAACUAGAAAGGCUUCUUUUCGAUGAUACUGUUAUAGAUGAAAUAUUAGAUCAUAAAGUAGAAGAUAUAUUUUCAGACGAAGAAUCUGCCAGUGAUAAUGAAGGUAGGUUCAAAGCGAAGGAGAAGCAAGGGGAGAAGAAAGUGCCAGUGCUUUCAUUUAGCAAAUUAGUAAAUGGCACUAAACCAGAAAUAAAGGCCGAACCAUUACCGGAUUCUUCAAAAUCUUCAAGUAGUAGAUACCAAAGCAGGUAUGCCGAUAGGAGACCCAGGACACAACCAACUCCAAAGCCACCAUCUAGAAUUGAAGUACAGAAAGAAAAGGAAAAGAAAGAGAAGAUAACUGCUCCUCCUGCUGAACAAAAACCCGCUAGACAAAAAAUAACAUUAUUGACAGAAAAGAAAACACCUCGUCCGAUAAAACAGGAUCGCAAAAUCGAGAUUAAGAUAAAGAAUCCGUCAAAAUAUGAAAAGGGCUCCAAACCAAAAUCUAAAGCAGAAUCUAGUGUACCAAUUCAGAAAAUUAUUGUUCCUAUUCGAGAUGACUCUGAUGACAGCUCAGACGAUGAAGAAGUUAUUAUAGAAUCAGACGAGAGCUCUAUAGAUGACAGAGAUGAUGAUAUUUCUGACGAAGAGACAGUGAGAGGAGGUGACCUCAGAGCUCAGCUAAGUAGAAAAAGAGCUGAAAAACUGAAACUUCCAUCAUCUGCUGAGGUUUCAAGUAGGCUUUUGCAGUAUGCCUUACGAGGUGCGAUUUUUAAGAAGGCAAAGAAAAAAUCAAAGAAGAAGAGUUUAUCCAGCAGCGAUUCAAAAUUACCGAUCCAUUACAGACUUGGCCUAUCCAGUCCUCAGGAUUUCCUCGAAGAUUUUCAAGUGAAGAAAAAGAAAAAGCGAAAGAACCGCCAUUUACUCGAGCAGGUAUAACAACCUCUCAUCUUGCUGCGCCCUCAUCUAUUUCUGGAAGAAACCUCAACUCUCGAGUGAUUUACAGACUGUUCAUGUACUAUAUAUUAUAGUGUUACAUAUAAUUAUUGGAUUUAUUAUGUAUUGUAGGAUUUACAUGAUUUAAACGCAAUUCUUUAUACUGCUUAGUUAAUUAUAGGUUGUUUUGUUAGACACAAUUCCUAGCUGUAAGCUUUAAAUAUUGCAGUUUCUUGGAAAACUGUUGAUGUAUCACCAGAAAAAAAAACAAAAAUAUAAAUUUAAGUUUAAAGUGUAAUAUACGUGUUUUAUAUUAUA